AUGCUGCUGCACAUGGGGCCCCCAGCGCAGCAAAACCCUAGGGGCCCACAGGGGCCCCCCCUGCUGCAGUCGCAGCAGCGGGCGCGGCAGCAGCUGCUGCGCAUUGCAGCAGCUGCAGCAGCAGCGCCGAGCCCCGCAGCAGCAGCAGCAGCAGAAGCAGCAGCAGCAGCAGCAGCAGCAGCAGCUCCUCGUUUGCUGCGCUGCUGCGUCUGCGGGCCGCCCUCAGCAGCAGCAGACUAUUGUGUCUAUGAGGCUGUUGCAGCAUAUAACAGCAUCAGCAUCAACUAUUUGCUGCUGACCUUAGACAGGCCCCCGCUUGGUGCAGCAGCCGCAGCAGCAGCACAGAGUGCCGCCGCAGCAGCAGCAGCAGCAGCAGCGGGAUCAGGAGCAGCAGCGGCAGCAGCACCCCGAGGAGGCUCAGGCUCUCAAUCUGCUGCUGCUCCUGCAGCAGCAGCAGCAGGCCCCGCACUGGGUGCAGCAGCAGCAGCAGCAGCAGAACUGAAGUGGCUGCUGCGCAGCAGCCCAUUUGUUACUCAUAUCUUUUGCCCCUCUUUGCAAGUUUUGGAAAGAAACAAACAGGCGAAGCAAUUAUUAAAAUGUUUAAUUAACAGAGCAGCAGCAGCAGCACCUGCUGCUGCUGCUGCUGCAGCAGGCGCUCCUGGUGUUGCCGCUGCCAAGCACAGAGCAGCAGCAGCAACAGCAGCAGCAGCAGCACCCCCCCACGAGAGCCGCCGCCGACAGCAACAGCAGCAGCAGCAGCAGGGGCUGGCUUUGGCUGGCGGCUGCGGCGCUGCUGCUGCUGCUGCUGCUGCUGCUCACACGGUGAUAUUCGAAGGCAUAGAGACACUUCCUGCUGCUUCUCAGUUUUUUAUUUUUAAUUUAAUUAAAAAUAAAAACAUCAGCUUCAUUCUAAUCUGCAGCAAAAUUCAUUUGCUGCUGCGGCCCCUCAGAGACUGCUGCUGCUGCUGCAGAUUUCCCCGUCCUGCUGCUGCGGAGCUGGCCCUCUACCUGCGCAACAAAGCAGCAGCAGCAGCAGCAGCAACAGCAGCAGCAGCAGCAACAGCAGCAGCAGCAGCAACAGCAGCAGCAGCAGCAACAGAAGCAGCAGCAGCAACAGCAACAGCAGCAGCAGCGGAAACUCCAUCAUCAGCAGCAACAGCAACAACAUCAGCAGCACCAGCAGCAGCACCAGCAGCAGCUCCAGCACCAGCAGCAACAGCAGCAGCAGCAACAGCAGCAGCAGCAGCAGCAGUCCCGAGUUUAGGUUAUUUUGCUGCCAUUGCCCGCGCUGUUGGCUGCGAGCCAUUUGCUGCGCUGCUGCUGCUGGAGAAAGCGCAGAAGAACAAUUUUGGCCCGCUGCAGCUGCUGCUGCCGCACAGCUACCAGCAGCAGCAGCAGCAGCAGCAGCAGCAAGGGAAGCAGAAGCAGCUGCAGCAGCAGGAGGAGGAGCAAGAAGACAUGCAACAAGACGACCAGCAGCAGCAGCAGCAGCAGCAGAACGGGCAGCAACAAGAACAAGACCUGAAGCAGCAGCAGCAAAUCGAGAAUCAGCAGCAGCUGCAGCAAGAGGAACAGGAAAAAAUACAGCAAGGCGAGCAGCAGCAGCAGCAGCAGCAAGAGGACAAGCAGCCGCCGCAGCAGCAGCAACAGCAACAAGAACAAGAGAAGCUGCAGCAUGACGAGCAGCAGCGACAGCAGCAGGACGAAGAACAGCAGCAGAAAGAAGAACAACAGCAGCAACGACGGCAGAAGCAGCAGCAGGAGCAGCAGCAAGACGAGCAGCAGCAGCAGCAGCAGGUCGAGGAGCAAGAGCAGCAGCAGAAACAGCAGUUGCAGCAGGACGAAGAGCAGCAACAGCAGCAGCAGCAGCAGCAGGAGCAGAACCAACAAGGGAAGCAACAAGACGAGCCGCAACAAAAGCAGAAGCAGCAGGAGCACCGAGACAAGCAGCAGCAGCAGCAGCAGCAAGGCCUGGUAGGCACCACGGGUUCCUGUGGCAAGACUGCUGCUGCUGCUGCUGCAGCAGCAGCAGCACCUGCUGCUGCUGCUGCUGCUCCUGUCUCCUCUUGCUGCUCAGUUUUGCUGAGGCUGGAGAGGCUUUUGCAGAGAAAGAAAAAUGAUGCAAAAACGUAA